AUGUUCCCCUGCAACACAGUUCAAGGCUUGCAAAUUGAGCUGCGAUUGAUUGACAAACGUCCAGUGCUUUAUAGUUUUGACUGUUUUUACACUGCAGCAGGUUCCGUGGCUGAAGGCCUCAGAAGUAUACUGUGCGGCAAAGCGUCUUCGAUCAAAAGCUUUGUAAGAUCAUUUGGUACCCUACAGCAUCUACCUUUCCAUACCUCAGUGCCGCACGAGAAGACUUACCGGUAA